AUGUCAGGCAUCAGGCGUGCUUUGUCGAAGAUCCGCCCAAAGCAUGACGGCGUGGAUAGUGAGAGCUCCGCCAGCCCUCAGUCUCCCCGCCGCUCGCUGGUGGGCUUUCUACGGGAUCGCGAUGAGAUCUCCUCGUCCGACGACUUGUCCGACGAUUCCUCCUCGGUGCCCAUAAGCAAAAACCAGCAAAAGCGUAUCGCUCGUAAGCAGCAACGCCAGAGCAGAAGUCGCCUCAGCGAGGAACAGAGAACCAGCUCCGAGCAGCGUCGCCAUGAGAAAGAGGAGGAGUUUUCCCGUGAAGAGACCCCCGAAAUGCGUGCGCGCUAUGGUGACCUACCUCUCGUGCAAAGCCAGGAGCGCACUCGCGAGCCGCGCCUUCGAUUGGCCGAUAUCUCAACUGACCUGAUCGAUAAGGAGGUCUUUUUCACUGCCCGUUUACACAUCAUUCGUAAAAUGAGCGCCAAGUUGGUUUUCUUGGUCUUUCGCCAACAGUUGACCACUUUCCAGGGUGUACUCCAUGCCGAAGAGGGCAAGAAAUCCGUUGGAAUGGUCUCUUGGGCAGAGCACUUGCGAACAGGAACCAUUGUUCAAGUGCGGGGUGUCGUGCAGACCCCCGCCGUUCCCGUUUUAGGUUGCACCUAUCAUGAUGUUGAACUCGCCAUUGAACAGCUCCAUGUUGUGGUUCGCCGUGAAGACGCUGUUCCUUUCUCGGUUUAUGAAGCUGAGAUCCGUACCGAAGAAGAAGACCGUGUGGAGGGCCGCUAUAGCCACAUCGCAGAUCGUACUCGACUUUCCAACCGAAUACUUGACCUCCGGACCGGCACCGCCCAGGCUAUCUUCCGCAUCCAGUCUGCAGUCGGUAAUCUGUGGCGAACUGCCCUCGAUGAGCGAGGCUUCAUUGAGAUCCAUACCCCUAAGCUGCAGGGUUCUGCAACAGAAUCUGGUGCAAGCGUCUUCGAACUGGCCUAUUUCGGGCGUUCCGCCUUCCUGGCUCAGAGCCCUCAGUUAGCCAAGCAGAUGGCGAUCGCAUCCGACUUUGGCCGUGUGUACGAAAUUGGUGCUGUAUUCCGAGCAGAGAACUCAAACACCCAUCGACACUUGACUGAGUACACUGGUUUGGAUCUUGAAAUGGCUAUUGAUGAACAUUAUCACGAAAUGCUUGAGACCAUUGACGCCGUGCUGCGCCACAUCAUUACCGGAGUAUAUAGCAAGUACCGUCGCGAGGUCGAGGCCGUAAAACAUCAGUUCCCCUCUGAAGAUGUCGUACUCGCCGAAAAGACGCCAGUGAUUCCGUUCGUAGAAGCAGUCAAACUUCUCAAUGAUUCUGGGUGGCGCGGCGAGGACGGUGAGUUGAUUCCGGAAGACGAGGAUUUGCACACUCGCGAUGAGAUUCGAGUUGGAGAGCUGGUGAAGGAAAAGUAUGGCACCGAUUACUAUAUCAUCGACAAAUUCCCUGUCUCCGCUCGCCCGUUCUAUACUAUGCCUGACCCUCACGACUCCCGCUUUACCAACUCCUUUGAUAUGUUCGUCCGCGGUCAGGAGAUUGUCUCCGGUGGUCAGCGUAUCCAUGACCCUACCAUGCUAGAAGAGAACAUGAGAAAGGCCGGUAUUAAUCCGAGUCAGAUGGAGGACUACGUCGAAGGAUUCCGAUGGGGAGCACCGCCCCAUGCUGGGGCUGGUGUCGGUCUUGAGCGUUUCGUCAUGCUUCUUCUGAAACUGGGUAAUAUCCGGCUAGCUUCGCUCUUCCAUCGCGAUCCUAAGAGCUUCCCGCCCAAGCCCCCGGUGGUUGAGCUUCGCCACCCUGAAUCUUCUACUAUUGAACCACCAUGGCAGAAGGAUGAUCACGACCGCACCCAUAGAGCUGCUAGUGAUGACGAAUAUCAACCUCUCGAGCACUUGAUUGCCAAUUACGGCGAUGCGACAUCUACAUCAUGGAUGGAUGAUCGGUAUCAAAUCUGGCGAGAUCCUAUCACCGGUGCUGCAAUUUCGUACAUCCCGAGUCACAGCUAUGCUAUCAUUCCUGGCGAUCCACUGUGCGAUCCAAGUCAGUACACUCGUGUUAUAAGUGCAUUCUUGCAUUGGCUGAAACGUGAAACCAAACUAAAACCCAUCUGGAUUUUGAUUUCUCCUCCCGUCGAGGAGUUGUUAGGAGAGAAGCUGGGGUGGCGAAGUCUGUCGUGUAUUGCCGAGGAGCGUGUAGACCCUGCUCGAAAUCUUAUGGCGUCCGAUAGUGAAGUUGCCCGAAAGAUUCGGCAUGCCGAAAAUGAGGGCGUAAAGAUCACGGAGGUUCCGCGCGGUGAAUUACCGUCGGAGGAGGUUAGAGCGAAAAUCGACAAACGUAUUGAGGACUGGCUGUCCAACCGCAAGGGGACUCAGAUCCAUCUCUCAGAGAUUGUUCCCUGGCGCGACUACGAACAUCGUUGGUACUUCUAUGCCAGCGACAAAAACGGUAAUAUUGGAGCAUUCGUUGCGCUGGCCACCCUGGCACCCCGACAGGGGAUGCAAGUCAAGUACAGUCUGGACUUCCCAGACGCACCGAGCGGUACGAUUGAAUAUAUUUCCACGCACGCCAUCCAGACGGCUUCCAGAUCAGGAAUCAAGUCACUCACGUUUGGUGCUGGUGCUACGGAUCGCCUGACGCCGGGUCAUCACAUGAAGGGCGGGAAGGUGCGCAUUUUGCAGCAUACAUACGAAGCCGUGGUCAAGCAAUUCCACUUGACACGGAAGAGCGAGUUCCGUAUGAAAUUGGGAGCUCGCGAGGAGCCCUUGUACAUUGCUUACCCGCCUCAUGGUUUGGGAUCACGUGGCAUCCGUGCAAUUAUGAAUUUCUUCGAAGACUAA